AUGGCCGAAGCCAACGUGGCCGAUGCGGCCGACGUGGAGCGUCACCGAGAAGCAAUCACUGCUGCCUUUCAUAAGUUCGACCUCAACGGCGAUGGGAAGAUCAGCGAGGCUGAGCUGAAGGCAGUGCUGCAGAUCCUGGACCCUUCCUUCAGCCCUGCCGAUCUCGACUCCAUCUUUGCAGAUGCGGAUCUUAGCAAGGAUGGUGUCAUGAGCAUGGAUGAGUUUGCAGCCUGGGCUGUGGCACCUCUGGGGCUUUUCGGCACUGUUCCAGCGAAUGCCGCCAGUGCAAUCUCCGAUGAGGAUCAGGCGGCCAUGAAGAUCCAGGCGAUAGCUCGAGGCCGCGCAGCCAGGAAGAAAGUGGCGGUGAAGCGAGAAUCACGGAGGAGCGAGCUUGGGCUGGUGAAACCCAUGACCGUUGGGGAGCUUUGGGAUGGCCUGGCUCUGCGACACGGGACCAUCCGGAAGCGAGUGGAUGUUGUCGACAUCGUGUCCGGGUUCAAGUUCUGCAAGAGGACUGGACUCACAGUGGAGCUGGCGUCGAUGACCUCGCAGCCCGGCAGGGAACCCGAGGAUCUCUCCCCGGAGGAGGUCAGCCACCUCUCCUUGGUGAUCCAGGGUCGCCAGACUGACGUGGAUGACGACGAGGCGAGAAAGCAGAUCGCACUCAUCAAGGACGAGGCCAGGAAAAGCGACUACUUCGGGCCCGUCCACGAAUCCAUGAAGGGUAAGCAUUUCAAGAACCUCGUUAAGCUGAUUUCCAGCUUGAUGCAGUUGGAUCAAGAGCUGCUCCUGGAGCACUGGUACUGGGCCGAGUUUGGCCUCUUCUUGCCCUGUGUUCCGAUCCUCGAGCUAGUGCUGACCACGGUGGUCUACAGCAAGGCCCGCUUAGCUGCGCUAGUCAGCAAAAAAGAAAUCGGUGACAAGUCCGGAACUGGCUUGGUGAACCAUCCCUUCCACAUCAAGGAUCUCAUGCUUCUGGCCUAUAACGGUGGGCUCAUCGGAGUUCCGGAUCGGAUAUGCAUGACAUCAGAGGAGGUCCAGGCAGUCUGGCCGGCGCUCCUCAGGUCGACUGCGGAGCUGACCUUCCGGCAUUUGACGAUCCGCAAGACAGUUGCUGCGGGCAAGAUCUACCAGGAGCCCAGCAAAGCCGACCGGCGCUUCUCCAAGGACCCCGAGGGCAAGAAUUUCCUCGCAGGUCCCAUGGAGAUAUCGAUGUUGAUCGAGAUGCUGCAUGCAAACGAGAAAAUGAAGACUCGCUUCACGAGCCCGUUGGAGAUGAUGACUUGCAUGGUCCAACACGCCCGCGUGAAUGGUCGCUUGUGGGACGAUGGAGGUGACGAACCGGUAGUUGCUGCAGCCGCCAAAGCUGCAACUGAUGCCGGUUGA